AUGGCUUCUAAGUCCAAGAGGCGAGCCGUAGGGAGCGGGGUUCCGCGGCCUCCGGGCGCCCAGCUCCCGCGCGACGAGGAAGAAGAGGAAGAGGAAGUCGAGGAUGAAGAGGCAGAGAGUGACGAGGAAGACGACGAGGUCGUUGACGAGGAAGUGAAUGUUGAAUUUGAAGCGCAUUCCAUCUCCGCUAACGAUUAUGACGGAAUUAAGAAAUUACUGCAGCAGCUUUUCCUCAAGGCUCCAGUGAAUACGGCCGAGCUCACCGACGUCAUAACACAGCAGAGUCACAUCGGGAGUGUGAUCAAGCAAGCGACUGUGUCAGAAGACAGCGAUGAUGAGGUGGAUGUGGAUGAAGACGAGAUCUUUGGUUUCAUAAGCCUUUUAAAUCUAACAGAGAGGAAGGGGACCCGGUGUGCUGAGCAGAUUAAGGAGCUAGUGCUUAGCUGCUGUGAGACGAGCGCUGAGGGGCACGUGCUAGAGCAGCUGGAGCAGCUGCUCGAGGAUCCCACCCGGCCCGUGGGCCUCCUCCUGAGCGAGAGGUUCAUCAACGUCCCGCCUCAGAUCGCCCUGCCCCUGCACGAGCAGCUGCGGAAAGAACUGGUGGAGGCACACAGAACCAAUAAACCUUGUGGGAAGUGUCACUUCUACCUUCUGAUAAGUAAGACAUUUGUGGAAACAGGAAAAACCAACGCCCGAGACCAACGGAGCAACCAAAAGACAGAGGAGUUGAUGUUUGCAAAUGCAGAGGAGGAGUUCUUCUACGAGAAAGCACUCCUGAAGUUCAGCUACUCGGUGCAGGAGGAGAGUGACACGUGCCUGGGGGGCAGGUGGUCUUUUGACGACGUCCCUAUGAAGCCACUGCGCACGGUGAUGCUGAUUCCAGCCGACAAGAUGAGCGAGAUCAUGGAGAAGCUGAAAACCCAUCUCUCUCUCUGA